AUGACGAAAAAACGUAUUGCUAUUAUUGGUGCGGGUCCAUGUGGUCUAUCUCAAUUAAUUGCUUUGAAAGAUGACGAUGUGGAGCUUGUCUGUUUUGAGCGUCAAUUCGAAUGGGGAGGUCAAUGGUUAUACCCGUAUGAAAGCGAAACUGAUUCUUCUAAAGAGUAUAUUCAUAGUAGCAUGUAUCGGCAACUUUGGUCUAAUGGUCCUAAAGAAUUAGUUGAAUAUGUGGACUACACAUUUGACGAUCAUUUCGGUUAUUCUACCCCAUCGUAUCAGCCACGCUCAGUCGUUUACGACUAUCUCAUUGGUCGAGCCAAACAAAAUGAUAUAAGAAAAUUUAUUCGAUUUCAAAAUAUUGUUCACAAUGUUGAUACCGAACAGGACAUAUUUAAAGUUACUGUCGAAGAUUUACAAACAAAUAUCAUAGAACAGUUAAUAUUUGAUUAUGUUAUUGUUGCUCCAGGUCGCUAUGCAACACCAAAUAUUCCUCAAUUUGAUGGAAUAGAACAAUUUUCUGGUCGUGUUGUUCAUGCGAAAUAUGUUCAUGAUGCUUCGAAAUUUGUAAAUCAGCACGUGCUGAUUAUCGGUAGUAGUUACUCAGCUGAAGACAUUGCUUUACAAUUGUGUAAAUUUGGUGUACGUGCAAUAACAAUUAGUUAUCGUACACGACCAUUAGGGCAUGCAUGGCCGUAUGCGAAGAUCAAAGAAGUUCCAUUAUUAGUAUGUCUGGAAAAUCGAUGGGCAUAUUUUCAAGAUGGAACAAAAAGUGAAAGUGAAAUUGAUAGUAUUAUCUUAUGUACAGGAUAUCGACAUUAUUAUCCAUUUAUGGCUGAACAUCUUCGUUUGGAUUGCCCAACAAAAGUUCUUUCUCCACCAAAUCUCUACAAAGGUAUUAUUUGGUCAAAACAACCUAAUCUGGCUUAUUUAGGUAUGCAAAGUCUAGUUUUUCAAUUUACAAUGUUUGAUGUUCAAGCUUCGUUUGUACGCGAUAUUAUUCUUGAUCGAAUUGCAUUACCUGACCUUAGAUUACGAGAACAAGAUAUUAAUCAAUGGAUAGAACGUGAAAAAAGUCUUCCAUCUGGUGAUGGAAAAAGCGAGUUUUAUUAUCAAAUCGAUUAUAUGCGUGAUUUACUGAAACAAUGUCAUACACCGCCUCAAUUUGAUGUAAACAAAAUCAUAUCCGGUGUAGAAGAAUUGAUUCAACAUAAAAAAGAAAAUAUUUUCACUUAUCGCGAUCAUUCGUUUACAUCCAUCGUCACUGGAAAAAGAGCAUUGGAUAUGACAUAUCGUUUACCUUGGCUGAAAAACAUGGCUGAUUCAGUAGACGAAUUUUUAAAAUUUACAAUCCCAGAAAAAUCAACCAUUAUUGAUUUGCACCAUAUCUAA